GGGCGGCAGGGGCUGGGUCCGGCCUGGGAGAAGAGUCCGGUCGAAACCUGGGCCUGCGAUCCCCGACUCGGUUUUGCCCGCUGCCCGGAGCGAUCGAAGCGCAGCGGCCCGGCUCGCUCCCGCGCCCCUCGGAGCGCCCAGAGCCCGCGGUCCUUGGCGUCGAGCUCAGCGGCGUCCGACCCCGGCGCGUCUCUGGCCGCUAUGGCCGCCGCCGCGGGCCUGCGGGCCUUGGGGGCGAAGGGGUCGGGCUGGCUCCGGCGCGGCCCGUGGCCUCCGCUCACCGCCGGCUUCUGCAGCGGGGGACCGGCCGGGGUCGGGCGGCCGGAGCCGGGGUCGCGACCCACCAGCACGCGGCUGCGGGACGGCAUCAGGAGCAUUGUCUUAAGCGAUCCAAAGAGAAGAAACGCGCUGUCACUGGCGACGCUGAGUCUCCAAAACGACAUUCUUCACGAAGCCGAAAGCCAGGAUCUGAAGGCCAUUAUUAUUUCAGCUGAGGGGCCUGUAUUUUCUUCUGGGCAUGAUUGAAAGGAACUGACGGAUGAGCACGGCCCAGAUUAUCACGCUGAAGUGUUCCGAACCUGUUCUGAGGUCAUGAUGCUGAUCCAGACCCACCCGGUCCCCAUCAGCAUGGUGAACGGCCUGGCCACUGCCGCCGGGUGUCAGCUGGUUGCCAGCUGUGACAUUGCUGUGGCGAGUGACAAGUCCUCCUUUGCCAUGCCGGGCGUGAACAUCGGGCUCUUCUGCUCCACCCCCGGGGUGGCCUUGGGGAGAGCGGUGCCGAGAAAGGUCUCCCGGCUGAUGAAGUUAACCCAUGAUCCCCUGUCAGAAUGGGAAUCUUUACUCCCGGGGACCCUAACAAGGGUUGAUAACAGAAAAGGGUGAGAGGAGGAUGGCCGGUGCCUAAAUAACGGCCCCUGUCCCCUCCCACAGGUGGCCUUGGAGGUGGGCAAAGCCGCCCUCUACGGGCAGCUGGCUCGGGACCUCAGGACCGCCUGCCACCUCACCUCCCAGACCAUGGUGGACAACCUGGGCCUGCCGGAUGGCCAGGAGGGGGUCAAGGCCUUCCUCCAGAAGAGGAAGCCUGUCUGGUCACACUGAGCAGCCUCAUCAGAGGAACCAGGGGCCGUGAGCCCAGUGGGCAGCGCUCAGGGUUCCCCCCCCACCGACCCUACCCGUGACCUUCCGAACCCCAGACACCACCGCUGCCUCGUGACUGUAGCAGAGCCAGCCUGCUUUUCCGGCAUCAGUCACGUCUCAGUGCACGGGGUCUGGGUUACGAGUCAGCGCUCCCUGGGGAAGGGGUGACCUGGAGAGUCGGGUGCUAACGUGAGCGGAAGGGCUGUGAGCACACAAGAAAGCCCAUGUGUGACGCUCCUUCCCAGGACCUUAGAUGAGGGGAUGCCCCCACCCAGGGGAGAAGGUGAAGAUAAAACUGAGGCGAGAAGGCAGGAUUUCAGCCUGACUCUGUGACCGGAAAGGGCCCCCAAGGUGGAGGUGGUGCCGGUUGCCCACGACAGAAACAUUGCAGAUCUUCACGAGAUGCUCUCCCCUCUGAAAAUCUUCCUGAUUCUACUGAGAAAUAAUCGUGCCUCUGGCUUUGGGAUAAUCUUAUGGGGUCUUUUAAAGAUUACCUAUUUAGAGAGACUGGUAAUUUUAAGUCCCCAACCAGACUGUAAGCUGGUUGAGAGAAGAAAAUCAAUGAACUCUGUCUCUGAUGCCUGGGCUGAUGGACGUCUGGUAGGCGCCGGGUGCUUCUGUAACGAAGGUCCCUGCCACCAGGAUACUGGGAACCUGGACCCUGGGCUAAACCUGAGGAUAAAAGCAUCAGGGAGAGAAAGGAGGGACGCAGAACACACACUGUCCCCACGAAGGAUCACUUCCUCCGGAAGCAUUUCCAAACUCUGCUCAGCUUCUGGUGAAGAAUCCCGACUAGCCUCGAGCACUUGAGUUCCCCAAAGGUGGUUCAGGACCUAAACGUCUUACCUUCUGGCUUCUGGUCCACUUAGGCCCCGGAAAUGGCCCAGACCUCGCCUCCGCCAGCUCACACCUGGGGCUGAUCUUGUUUGUUAAGGCCAAUUUUUUUUUACCUAUGAUUAGAGUGGCCAUAAAUGUAAUUCGUACCAAAGACAGAGACCCGUGAGGCUCUACCCGGUGGUUCUCAUUCUAAUCACGG